CACCGCCCUGUUGCGGUGUCAGUGAUUUCAGCUGAUGGGGAAAACGGGGCCUCCGCUUCAAUGGAUCACCGAUCGGGAUUAACCUUACUGUUUCCAGCCUGGCCGGCACCGACGAACCGCAUCGGAUGCCUCAGGAAAUAUGCGUUUUCCACGGCGCCCGUUUAUCCAGCUCCCCCCUCCAGGAAACGGCCCUUUUGUGUCUGCGGUGGGAUCUGAGAGAGGGUCUCUUUUCUUUAGCUGGCGUCUCGGCAAAAGAGGCGUAAACACUGGCAGCAAUUUUGGAGAAUCGCUAACCGGGGAGGAGAAUAGGAUCAAUUACACUGGCGCCGGGAAUUAGCUUUGGGAUAAAUAUGCUUAUUUGCAAUUAAUAUAGGGAAAAGCAAGGAAUGCCGAUCAAGGGGUGGAGCUGCGGUUUGUUUAAUAAUACAUGAGUCCAGUGGAAAUGAACAGGUCAGUCCUAUAGUCGUGUCUCGUAGUGUUACUGUUUGUCUAAAGGAUGCAUGGACUGUACUUUCCGAUACGGCCCGUUAACCUCCUGCUAAAGCUCGCAAGGUUAUACAGUGAAGUGUAUCAGAUUUAUAUAUCUCUGUCGCUAGCUGGUUACGUCUUGUCAUCUUUCCGAUUUGUCUUGUUCAAUGUGCUCACCAAAAUGACUUAACGGGAUCUAUUAGGCAUCUAUCAAACAAUCUGCCUGAUACAGACUGGCCGAUGCGAUUAGUCCCGAGACGACUGCAAAGAUGUGUGGAGCCUGCAGAGCAUGUAAAUACACGGACACGGCUUCUUUUGAUUAAGGAUUUUAUUAUUAUUUUUUUUAAAUCUGGACUGGAAAAGAUUUGUAACCAUGAUUAUCGAGACGGAACUUAUUUUUGACAAGUUGAGGUAGACAUUUUUAUUGGAAGCUUUAUUAUUUGGGUAUUAUGGCGACCUGGUGAAGUUUUUACCUGGCCGGAUUGUGUGCUAGUUUCUCCGUUGUACCAUCCAAGAACUGCCAUUAUGUCUAAAGCAGCAACUAAAGAGAAGAAAUCUUUCAGCAAGAAGCUCUUUCAGAGGGGCUCUGUCCGAUCAGUGGGCAGUUUUAUGAACCGAGUCCUUCGGACCCUCUCUACCUUGUCUCAUUUUGGCACGGAAGAGCAUUCCACGGAAAAUGAAAAGGAUGACGGAGGAUUCACCUCCUUUAAGACCGGGGCGGCCGUACCUUCGGACAGGAGUGAUGGUGGCAGUUGCAGUUUUCUCUUUGGGGACAAGGUCCCAGGCGUGUCUGGCCUCAAGAAUCAUGGCAACACUUGUUUUAUGAACGCGAUUUUGCAGUGUCUUAGCAACACGGAGCUGUUCGCCGAAUACCUGGCUCUGGAGCAAUAUCGUGGGGAAGACAAGGAUGACAAGUCCAAGGCUAAUGGUGUGUUUCUGCCACGAAAGACCUCUCAAGGAAAAGGGGAGGUCACAGAGCAACUGUCUGGGCUAGUUCGGGCUUUAUGGACGUUUGAGUACACACCUCAACACAGCCGAGAGUUCAAGAACGUCGUGUCCAAGAGUGCUACGCAGUUCAGAGGUAACUCCCAGCAUGACGCACAGGAGUUCCUCCUCUGGCUACUUGACCGCGUGCAUGAGGACCUCAACAUACUUGUCAACCCCAGCUGCAGGACCUCCGUCAAGCCCCCAUUGGAGGACAGUGAUGCAGCUUCAGAAGGAUCAUCGCUGGCAGCGACUGGCUCUUUUGUGCAGGAGCUUUUUCAGGCACAGUACAGGUCUUCGCUCACCUGCCCUCAUUGCCAAAAACAGAGCAACACCUUUGAUCCCUUCCUCUGUAUCUCCCUGCCCAUCCCCUUACCUCAUACCAGGCCGCUGUACGUCACUGUGGUGUACCAGGGGAAGCGCUCCCAUUGCAUGAGGAUUGGUGUCGCCGUGCCCCUGAAGAGCACCGUGUCCAGGCUGAGGGAUGCUGUGUCCAUGGAGACGAAGAUCCCCUCUGACCAGAUUGUCCUGACAGAAAUGUAUUACGACGGCUUCCAUCGCUCCUUCUGUGAUGAUGACGAAGAUCUCGACAUCAUUCAGGAAAGCGACUCCAUCUUUGCGUUCGAGACACCCGAGAUAUUUAGACCUGAAAACAUUCGUGCCCAACGAGGAAGUCUCCAUGCAAAUUUAAACCAGAACAACCUGAAACAUGGAACAGACCACAACCGGACGUCUUCUUAUAUGCAAGGAGCAGUGAAGCCCGCUUCAGGAACCAAUAAGAACGUAGGAGGCGACAAGAUCAUCCUGCUGGUGUGCAAUCGGGCCUGCACAGGACACCAAGGGAGGAGGUUUGGCCACCCUUUUGUGCUGUACUUGGAGCGAACUGUGACCUGGGACGUUCUUCAGAAGGAGAUCCUGGAGAAGAUGCGCCAUCUCCACAGGCCAGGGGUGUACGUACAGGUGGGGCCAUUCAGCCUACGGGUGGUCGGAGUUGCUGGAAUCGCGUACCUUUUACCUCAAGAAGAGCAACCUCUGUGUCACCCCUCGGUCGAUCGGGUUUACAAGUCCUGUGGCCCAGGGGGGCCCCCACACGUCAAGAUAGUCGUAGAAUGGGACAAAGAGACCAAGGAUUACCUGUUCGGUCACACGGAGGACGAGUACAUCCCCGAUGCGGAGAGCGUGCGUUUGCAGGUGGAGCAGCACAGCCACCCCCAAGUGUGCACCCUGGCGCAGUGCUUCCAGCUGUACACCAAAGAGGAGCAGCUCGCCCCCGACGACGCCUGGCGCUGUCCCCACUGCAAGCAGCUCCAGCAGGGCAGCAUCAAGCUCAGCCUCUGGACCUUGCCGGACAUUCUCAUAUUACACCUCAAGCGCUUCCGUCAGGACCGGGACCGGAGGAUGAAGAUCCAGAACAUGGUGAAGUUCCCUCUGGUGGGGAUGGACAUGGCUCCUCACAUGGUUAAACGGAGCCAGAGCAGCUGGAGUCUGCCCUCACACUGGUCACCUUGGCGACGGCCCUAUGGCCGUGACCCGGAAGACUACCUCUACGACCUGUAUGCAGUGUGUAACCAUCACGGCACCAUGCAGGGAGGGCACUAUACAGCAUAUUGUAAGAACUCCAUCGAUGGACAGUGGUACUGCUUCGACGACAGUGACGUCCAGCUUAUCCCUGACGAGGACGUCUGUAAGGAGAUGGCCUACAUCCUGUUCUACCAAAGGAGGGCCACCAUCCCGUCCUGGUCAGCUAAUAGCUCGGUGGCAGGCUCCACCAGCUCCUCCCUGUGCGAGCACUGGGUGAACAGGCUCCCGGGCAGUAAGCAGCCCAGCGUGGCGUCCGCCGCCUCUUCCCGCCGCACCUCGCUCAUCUCGCUGUCGGAGUCGGUGGAAUUCGCCGGGGAGCGCAGCGAGGACGACGAAUGUCUGGCUAACAAAGGAUCUGCUACCAUGCUGAGGGGAUUCUCAACCCGGCCCUUUGUAAGGAGUGUCCAGCGGCAGAGUUUGUCUUCUAGAUCAUCCAUUGCCAGCCCCCUGGCAGUGAGUGAGAAUGGGACCAAACCAUCCUGGUCCCUCUCAGCUAAACUCCAGAUGAGGUCCAAUUCUCCUUCACGGUUUUCUCUAGAUUCUCAUUCAUCCCCUACAUUGGAGAGGAUAGGAGAGGCCGGCGAUGACAAGGUCUCCACGUCCUGCUUUGGCAGCUACAGUAAGCACGAGAGACAUUCCAGCGGCAAGGCGCCGCUUGCAGUCAUGGACGGUACCAUAAGUGACGACGGCGGCGGGAAGAGGUCUCUGGAUGAGGCCUACUGCAAAGCCCCAUCUCAGUCUGACAAGAGGAGCUCCAAGGCUGAGCCUGACAUCCACAAUCAGGCCACACCUGUGGACCACGCAGCCUCCAAGGAGCCGAAGCAUCGAUCCAGCUCCGUGCCAAAGUCUGAGGGCACGACGGCUAAGAGAAGCUCCUGCAAGGCUGCGGUGGAGUCCGAAAAAAGCUCGAGAAGACGACACACCGCAUCUUCUGCUCAGAACUCGCCAGCGUCCCAGGUCUCCUCCAGCCCCCAUAUCAGGAGCUCCACCAAGGCACCCAGCUCCAAAGACAAGAAUAACUCCAGCAAGACCGGGAAAGCAUCUUCCGGAACACCCGCCAAGAAGGAGCCCUCUCAUGGUCAGGAGGCCGUACUGUCAGCCGCAUCCCAACACAGGCAGCGUCUCUCCUCCACCCCUCAGUCGUCGGCCUCGCCCUCACCCACGCGCAGGAAGAUUUCAUCGGGCGCUGAGAGAAGCUCGGCCUCUGGGCGGAGUAGGCUGGCGGAAAGAAGCGCCAGUCAGGACUUAACGAGGGCCAGCACCUCCGCUGAGAAGCUAGGUGGGGCGGCCUCCCGGCCUGGCUGCGCCGCCCGCACCUCCCUGGCGCACAGCUCUGAUGGCAGGCGGCCCGAAGGCAGGACAGUAAGGAGCUCCAGCAGCAGCUCCUCCGUUACCAGCCUCCGAUCCUCCAGCGUCUCCUCCAGGGACCUUCGCAGGAACAGUAAGUCGGAGGAUAAGGGCCUGUCCUUCUUCAAGUCAGCCCUGCGGCAAAAGGAAACCCGCCGAUCGGCAGAUUUCGGCAAGACCGCCAUCCUGGCCAAGAAGGUCUCUGACGGGACGGCUAAGUCGAGUCCUGAGAUUAAGAACGGUACAGCAGGGGCGGGAGAGGGGUCAGGUAAGACUGGCCAGCAGAUGGCGCCAGAGCCCCAGCCGGGCAAGGAGUCAUUUAAGACUUGCACACCUGUCAGAAACUCUGUACUAUCUGCUGGCAAAUCGAAGUCUUCCAUGUCCGAGACGACUCAGUCUCUUGGAAGUGGCAGAAAGCCAGCCGAUAAGACAGGAUCCUCCAGAAAUCUUUCUUCCAGCACACAAUCUCCAGCACGAGCAACACAGAAACCUCACUAAAAUUUUGAUUUGCGGUUAAUUUUUUUCUCCCCUGUGAUAAAACAUUUUUUGUUGUGCCUAAUAUAUACACAGUAUAUUUUUCUUUCCUAGAGAUAACAUAUAAAUUAUUAAAGCGCCUUUCUAUUAAUUAAACAAACCAAAAGAAUUGAUCUGGUUAUAAUAGAUCUGGUGCAAAGGGUAUAUUAUUGUAAACAGAACUAAAUACUAAAGAUUCACCGGUACUAACUUCUGGUUGGUGUUGAAUGGCAUGUGUGCAUAACGGCACAGUAACUGUAAUAUACAUAAAGCAUUUAAGAGGUGAUUUCAGGUGACAUCUGCAUCAGUUGAUCGUGAGGGUUUUACAGAGGCUGGAGAAAGUGAAACCUUGUGCUGUUUCAAGGGCAAUAUUUCACAGUGACUUAUUUUGUUAUUGGUGAGGCUUUUCAGUGCACUUUAGAAACGUUACGUAAUUUCAUCAAAACUGUAAUUAUUGGCUAAACACUGUAUUGCCUAAAAACCAAGUGUUUUAUAAAAAAUAGCGUCGUCUAUAAAAGGAAAUUGGCUCAGAUUGUAUGAGGGACUGUAUGCACUGAGCAGCUACUGAAUUUUAUAUUUUUAUUGUCGACAGGAUAACCGCUGUUAAUAAACAGGCGGGUUUGAGCCAUCCUCCAUGACUUAUCUUACUGGAAAAAUGAGAAUAAUUUUCCUGACAGUAGAAUGACCUUUCAUUCCAAUUAAUUGGGCCUGUUGGAAGUCCCUUAUUCCGUUUAUUAGUGUGGCAUUUAGCUGAUAUCCAUAUCGCGCAAUCCAUACGUGUGGACGAGACACGGCCUUUCCGGAAAGUUCUGCUGUUGACUGCAGGUCCAAAAGAAUUUUUAUGAAUAACACAGUCAGUCUUUAAUUAAUCAGACGUACUGUGUGGGAUGUUUGAAUGGGAGAACAUAAUUUAAUUUAUGAUUACCUGUCAGGACGUUGUCCCUUAAUCUGUUUCAGAUUGUUGCGGUAUUGUUUAUAAUGGUUAUAUAUGCUAAAUUUUCAGUUUAUAUACCCGCAGCUGUAAAGAAAUUCUAUGCUUACACUUUAUAUUUAACUGAAUUUAUAAGGAUUGUAAUAAAACUAAUAAGAUAUUAAUGCUUUUUUAAUCCUCGAUUUUGUUUUUUUACGAUCUCCCACCUCCUGUUACUCUAAAUCAGGUGGGUAAACUCUCCUUGCAGUUCUUGUAUGUUCAUGCAGAUAUAUAUAUGUAUGUAAUAUGUAUAUAUCUGAUGCAUGUGAUGCUUUUUGCCGACGUGCGGGUGAGUUGCUCAGUGGCAAUUGGCUUAAUCAGGGCAGCCCAUCUCAUCCAUCCUCUCGAUUGGCUGUUGAGGAAGGAUAACGGGGGGGGCGGUAUAUGUUCUGACAUGUUAGGCGUGACCCCCCCACCCUCAAAGUUUUGACAGGCGUGAGCUCAUAGCGAUCUUUAUUCUGCCAGUGGAGCCGAAAGGGCAGGAACUCAGGAUGCCGUCGGCUGAAUCUGUUUUCUUCUAUCAGGGCCCGAGUGGGGGUGCGUAAAGUUCGCGAGCUGGGCACCAUUAUAAUGACCUCCUGGCAGUACUGUAGUUAUGGCCAGAAUCCCUUGGGAAUUAUUGAGAGAGGCAGGAGGGAUGGACGUGUUUCAACUUUGCGUGACUCCUCACAUUCAGCCGGCGCUGCUCUUGUCUGCCAUGCCUUAUUUCCGUUUAUUUUCCUUUUUCUUUUAAUCCCAGUAACGCUAAUCCUGGUUUAUAGUUCUCACACAGGUGUACAAUAUCUCAAGUUUUCUAAUAAUCAAAAACCCAAUUUCCAAAAAAAAGACAAUGCAUUCUGUCUUUUGAUCGAUGUAUAUAAUUGUUAGUCAUAAUUAAGUUUCGUCAGUGUUCUUUUUUUUGAGUGCAGCACUUACAAAGACUGAUUGGCUUGAAACAUCGAUUUACUUUUUUUGUGUGUGAAUGAGCGGUACUGUGAAAUGUUGCCCUUUUACCCACGAUCACUUCUCGCUUUGCGUUCGCUGUCAAUGCUGCCAGUGGCUUUCUGCAUCGGACCGAUUUCCUACAAAAGGCAUCUACAUGCUUCAGCUCAAGGUAGCGGACCGGACGCUGCGUUACGGCACCUCCGUGCCGACUCUGGUGCGCCUUUGCACCGUGGACAGCUUUUGCAAGCGCUUUCUGCCAUUGUCCAUUUUGUCGAGUUGGAUGAAAAUACCAUUACAGCUAUUGUGCCCCCUUUUUGUUGGCUUUCAUGUUUAGGAGGAGCAAACAGCUUGUCAAUGCACUGACUAAUACAGAAAAGAAAUGCAGUUUAAAGAUUUAUGGAAGCAAUUUUGCAUGAUACUGCUGAUGCAUGCACCAAACUAUGCAAGCGACUGUUGGUAAUGGCUGCACUGAAGUUAAAAUGCUAACAUGUAGGAUUAUAUAUAUACAUAUAUAUUUGUAUUGUAUUUUUUAAAUGCCAGCAACGGAGAGCAUGAAUGGUCCUCUUAAAUGUUUUAUUUGCACAUUAUUGAAUUGCUCUUGGAACUUGUGUGAACGGUGGGUAUUGCUAAUUUGCAUUAAACAAGUUACUCCAAGUCUCUUACAUAACUAGAAGUUUUUUUCUCCCCCCCGCAUCCAUUUCUUGUGGCAGGUUUUUUUUUUGAAGGCUAAUACGUAUUACAGAUGUGCCCGAAUAUUUGUGCUUUCAGUUCUGCCAAAAAAAGAAAAGAUAUUGGUCCAGCUUUGGUUUAGAAUCAAAUAUUGAUUCAGUGUGAACAAACAUGCAACAAACCCAAAGCUCUGCAUUUCAGAGGAUUCCUAAUUUUUCGGUUAAUAUGUGGAUUGCAGAAACGCUGCAGACAUUUGGCUUUAAUCCGGGACGUUGUGAGUAGGCCUAGUGUUCGCAGUUUCCCGUAGGACUCAACGAAUGAAUCACACCUUUAUUUUGUCUGUUUCAUCAACAUGCAUUUAUUGUAUGUUUUUGUUUCCAUGUGACAUUUGUUUACAAUGUUUGGUUAUUUAAAGAAAUAUUUCUGCUUAUGUUCCGAAUUUCAGUGUUUGCUAUUGUUUCCCCCAUCUUUUUUGGCCCAUUACAACAUUAAAAGCAUCUUAAAAGCACUUUAUGUUCAGUAUGCACUAUGAAAUUGGCUACCAUAGUAUUUUAGAGUAUUGUAGAAUCUGUUUUGAUGUCAUUUGCCUGUACAGCAGAAAAAAUAGGCAUUCAGAAACUGUGUAAAAUAAUUGUAUGAGAAUUUUCAUUAAUCAAAAACGAGAAUAACUUAACAUAUGCAACAUAAUUUAUACUGUCUGACAACACAUAAUUGCGGUUUAAUUUGUGUUUCAGUACGUUUGCACUUUUGUAUAUGAAAUAUUUACCUUUUUCAACAAUGAUUUUUUUGAAGGGGAACAUGUUCAUCAAUUUGUUUACCAAUGAAACGACAACAAGAUGUUAAGUAAUAAAAAGUCAGUUUUUUUUUUGGUUUUCUUUUGUAAAGUUUUUUUUAUUGUGUAUUUUUUUGGUUCUGCGUUUUGAAGGCUAGUUUUGAGAACUUUUCUUUACAUCCACUGGGUGGCGCUUUCUGACAGCCAUUUACUUCUCCAGUAAACAGCUACGCUUUCCAUAAGGGGAUAAAGAUUCGGAAUCUAAUUUCACAACAAUGUACCGUGCCUGGUUAAUUUUAAAUUUAAGUUUGCCAUAAAGUUUUCUUUACCUCACCUCAAAAUAAGGUUUCAUAAGGAAAGCUUUUGUCUUCCCCGUUUUGCUUUUUCAUAUUGAGUGAAUUACAUUUUUGCAAUUUUUUUAAGGUUUGUAAUUUUAGCAUUGACAUUUUCAACAACAGAGCAAUAAUAAUAAUAAAAAAAUGCAAUUUUUUUAAAUUGAA